UGUAUGGGCGAGCACAAACACACGGCCACACGGCCUGCAUGGUGGUGUAAUGGGGAAAUCUGAUGGCAAAAGGGGUUUGAUGAUGAAGCGAUGGCGAUGGGUAGUGGGGUCGCCUUUACUUGCACUGUAUGAAGGGUUUCAGUGUUCCACACCACCACCACCACCACCCCAUCGGUUCAACCUGUGACGGGGCAGGUUUCGUUCCGUUUCAUGGCAGAAAAUUCGUCUCAUAUCACGACUACACGGGCACGGGCAAAGACUACAACUACAACGACGACAACGAACGAUAUUAUAACGGCGCGAUCAAUGUUUGGGGCACAAUCUUAGAGCAUGUGCGGAGGGAGCAAAGCCCCCCUUACACCCUGUUUUGCCUUUUUGUUUGUCUGUGAUUUUCAGAAACUCAUCUCUAUCCCCCCAAUUGAAUGUGUGGCCACCCGCGCAGCAGCUUCUCCUUCUAAACAUCUAACGCCAAGGUUUGUUCGCUCUCUAUCUCUCGCUCUCGCUCUCUCUCAAAGCUUGUACGACCGUGUGGGGCGUUCGUAGAGUAGGCACAGGGCGUCGCUUACAAUAAAGCCAACUUGGCCCCGCUGCUAACUCGCGCGAUAUUUCCGUAAAUGACGUGCCUCGGUGCGGUAGGCAGGAAGUAGGCCUCGGACAAAAUGGUUCGGUGUGCGUAAGGUUGUCGAAAAAGGUUUCGGUCGAACAAAAAAAAGAAAGAACAGUUGUUGGGAAGGAAAGAAAACGCAGAAGCUGCUCGAACCGGAACAGUAAGCCAUGCUCUCGUGUUUGUGUCUGUGUGUGUCCGUGUGUGCGUCGUGAUGAGGAUGCCUUUACCUGUGCCCGUGCAUCCCUCUCCCAGUGUGUGCAAAGAAUAAUUUGCAACCCCAUUCAAAAAAAGCGCGUUUCUAACACACAGCAGUGAGUAAGCCGUGCCGCGCAACACAUUCGCAGCAGGGUGGAGUAGAACGCGUGAGCAAACGCGGGGCGGCACACAGCCGUGUAUUGUACCGCACAGUUGGUGCCAGGCCAGGCCAGUUUCGAUUCAGUUUUUUGGCCGUACGGAUGCGGCACACAACAAGGCACGGGUUCAGCCAGGCCGCUUCAGUUUCAUCUUGUCCCUUUGCUCGGUCCCACCGAUUCAAGGCGAAGCGCCGCGUACACCAGUGUGCUCCAAAAACUGCGCAGGCAGACGAGCAAGCAAGCAGGCGAACGAGAGAGAGAGAGAGAGAGAGAGAGAGAGAGAGAGAGAGAGAGAGAGAGAGAGAGAGAGAGUGAGAGAGCGACGGCUCAAAAUUCGCGCAUUCUUCCGAAAACCAGCAACGCUAGCAGCACGCCGUCGUUCACAAGCGCCGUGUUGUGAUACGUACCGCAGAGAUUCGUGUUGGGUAGAAAGCAGCAAGUCCAGUGACCAGUGUAGGGCAGAAGAAUGAAGUGAUCCAAGUGAGCCGUGAGUGCGUGUCAAUCCAGUGCAGAACCGCCACCAGUGAAGUGAUUCAUUGUGGUGAAUAGAGUGCUUUUUCUCGAAAACUCAACCCUAAAACCGGGGUGCCGGUUAAUAUUUUCUCGCCCACAAGUGAUAACCCCCCCUCGAUCGGGCAAGGGUGACGGCAGUGGUGGUGGUGGUGGUGGUGAAGUAAUAUCUGCGCCUAUAAACACUGCCCGCUAAUCUGACCGUUAGGAAAAAGCCUAGGUCAAUAGCGAAUCUAGUGUGGAUGUGCGGUGGCAACGGCGACGACGACGGUUAGUGUGGUUGGGCAGUUUUUUUACGCCGUUGAUUCGAUUUAAUCACGUUACGAUGGCCAGUGGCAUGUGUGCGUGUGUGCGAGAUCUUUAUUGGUGACGAUUCACAAAACCCUCCCUACCCCCAUACUUGUAACAUCAUCACACACUUACACUCGAGCGGGUGAGAAGCUGCUAAUCAAUCGUGCACCGGCCUAUUGCGAUUCGUUUGUGUGUGUGUUGAUUAGGUGUUGUCGUCGCGUCGUGCGGCCCUCGUCCGAGCAGCACUCGUUUGUGAUGCAUUCGGCAUGCACCUUCACAGAAGCGCUUGAGCAGCAUCACCGGGCAGCGUGCAGAGCACAGGUGAAUUGUGAAGGUUGUGUGUGGCAAACGGUGUUCAAAUUGGUGACCGCUAAGCCAACUAAUCAAAGAACCCAACAACCGUAGUUGUGCAGUUAAAUUGUAAAAAGUGUGUGUGUGUCUGUGUUCUGUCACCGGAACAAUCGAAGGAAGCAACGCACAAGGACGCUAGGUGAAAUGUGGCACGUUACGGAAGCGUUACCGUGGUAGCGUUACAGUUUGGUAGCGUUUGCUCGUGUUACCAGUGAUGCAAAACGGGCCCCAAACAGCAAUCAAAGUGCAGCAAAUGAAUGGGCACUCUGUGUUGGCACAGUGUUGGCAGGUAAAACUAUCGUUUUCCAUCGUUGAAACAAUGUGCUGGAUGACGGCCGUUUAAAUAGGGAGAAAAGAAGGUGGUGAAGGACCAGGCGCCAUCCAUUUACCUUAAUACCAAAGUGAAGAAAGUAAAUACCGAAAACAUCACACACACCAAUUCGCCAACACCAUCCAAAGGAACGCGUCGGACGCAUAAGAUUUAUGCAAAAUGGUGUAUUAUUCUGGCCUUCCGUUGCUUAUGACGCAACAACAGCAGCAGCAACAGCAGCAACAACAACAACAACAACACGGUCCAGACGGUACGAUACUACAGUUAAGCUACAACGAUGCAAACAGUACCGAACAGUACGUGGUGGCAGGGCAACCGUCUCGCCUCGGCGUCUCCCACCCUUAUCAGCAGCAGCAGCCCCAACAUCACACGAUCAGCCUCACGAACGGGCUUACGAUCAGCAACGGACCGCAGAGCUGUAGUAGCAGCAGCAGUAGUAGUAGCGGCAGUAGUUCCACUAACGGCCAGCUGACGAUUGUGUUGAAUCCACCGGCGGCGGGUCAGCUCGUGAGCUUGGGUGGCUCCGCACUGCCCGGCACCUACACCGGUCCGAUCUCACCGGCGGGAGACAGGGGCGCCUCCUCCUCACCGGAACAGUCCACGUACCACCCGGUGCAGAGCGGCGGUGGCGGCGCCAGUGCUACGCCAGUCGGUUCCAAAUUUCGCUGCGACCAGUGCAACAUUAGCUUCGGUAGCAAGAGCGCCCACACCAGCCAUAUGAAAUCUCAUGCCAAACAGCAGCAGGCGAGCGAAAAGCUCACCGCCGCUGCCAAGCUGGGAGAAACUACCAUUACUGCGAGUGGGGGCAGUGGUGGUGGUACCGGCUCGCCGGCCGGCCCACAGCCCGACCCGUACCAGUGCGACGUGUGCAAGAAGACGUUCGCGGUGCCGGCACGGUUGGUGCGGCACUACCGCACACACACCGGCGAGCGGCCGUUCGAGUGCGAGUUCUGCCAUAAGAUGUUCAGCGUGAAGGAGAAUCUGCAGGUGCACCGGCGGAUCCACACGAAGGAGCGUCCGUACAAGUGUGAGAUCUGUGGCCGAGCGUUCGAGCACAGCGGCAAGCUGCACCGGCACAUGCGCAUCCAUACGGGCGAGCGGCCCCACAAAUGCAACGUGUGCGGGAAAACGUUCAUCCAGUCCGGCCAGCUCGUCAUACACAUGCGAACACAUACCGGUGAGAAGCCAUACAAAUGCCCGGUGGAGGGUUGCGGCAAGGGUUUUACGUGCAGCAAGCAGCUGAAGGUGCACUCCCGGACGCACACGGGCGAAAAGCCAUACCAUUGUGAUAUCUGCUUCCGGGACUUCGGCUACAACCACGUGCUGAAGCUGCACCGCGUGCAGCAUUACGGGGCCAAGUGCUACAAGUGCACGAUCUGCGACGAAACGUUCAAGAGCAAGAAGGAGAUGGAGGCCCACAUCAAGGGGCACGCGAACGAGCUGCCAGACGAUGAGGAGGCAGCGGCGGCGGCGGCGGCAUCGGAUGCUGGAGGCGCCUGUAAGCUGGAGGACGUGUCCACCUCGGGCACGGAAGGUUCGAUCAAGUUGUCGUCGUCAGCGCUGGAGGGUGGUGGUAGCGGUAGCAAUAGCAACAGCAGCAGCUCCUUCGACUAUUCGUCCAGCAUGAGCCACACCGAGGGAACGGAGCAGAGCGGCGGUCCGUCAAGCGACGAACCUUCGGGUCACUUUGCGAUUAGGAAAUCGGGUUCGUCUUCUCCAUCCUUCGCUGUGGGAGCGAAAGAAGCAGGUCAGCAGGUGGGUGCCGACGAGGAGGAGGAGGAGGACGAGGAGGAGAACGAUGAAGAAGAAGACGAAACGACGGACGAUGGUGAUCGCAAACAAAUGCCACGCUAUGAGAGUAUGGGACCGUCGUCGUUCGAUCAAUCGUUACAGCGCGCCUAUGGUGGCGGUGUCGCCCCGGCACUGCUUGCUGCGGCCUCCAUUGCGGCGGCGGUGGAGAAUGGCUGCACGGAGGUGAAGUACUGUCCGGAGCUGAAGCAGCAGCGCUCGAUCUCCCCUGUGCAACCGUCGGCCCUGUCGAUCACGCGCAACACUCCACCGCCGUCCUCGGGUUCGUCGUCAUCCUCAUCGUCCUCUUCAACGUCCUCCGUUCUGUCGAUGACACCGUCCGGGGGUACUUCCUCCACGCUGCUCGAACCGGCCGGGUCCAGUGCACCAUCCGGGCCCAGUGCGGGACAGUUUGUGUACGAGCCGAUGGCGAUCAUGAAGCACCACGGAUACUUUGCACCGGCAUCGCAGAUUACCGAGUUCCGCUCAUCCAGUGACAUUGUCCGGCAGGUGGAGGCGGCCAUUGCGGGCACGGAGAACCUUCUCACACCGCCCCGCUCCUCGCCGGAGUCCCCCGAUCGUUCCUCCUCGCCGGAAUCCGAUUCAGUAUUAAUGGCCGAUCGGGACAACAACACGCUGCCGCCGCGCAAGCGAAAGCUCUACUUCAAGGACACCCAGCAUACGGUGUCCGCCAGUCCAAAGAUGGCGUCGCUAGAGGUUACUGCACCCCAGCAUUAUGGUGUUUCGGUAGUGCAGCAGCAGCAGCCGACGCCGCAGCACCAUCAGCAACAACAACCUCCUCUCGAUGCUCAUUCCGGUCAUCAACAGCUGUUCCAUCCUCAUCAGCAGCAGCAGCAGGUACGGCAGCUGCAUUAUCAGCAGCAGCAACGACCAGAGGAUGAACGCUCUAUGAAGCUGGAAGUGCUGCAGCACGUGUCUGCAUGCCAGCGGCAACCAUCGCCAACACUGCAAGCACCGGCAGCACCACCACAACAACCGCAACAAACGUCAGCACCGUCCGUCAUACGGAUGAGCUCCGUCAUUCAGUACGCAAACAAGUCCUCGUAGUGCGGCACUCAUUGAGAUGGUUAGCAGUAGUAGUUCGAGUAGUGGUAGUAGUAGUAGUAGUAGUAGUACUAUUUAUAUUGUAGUUUGUCGCAAAAUCGCCAACCGACCCGGAUCGGUGUGAGAGCCGUAGUUAUAAGUCAGCAACCAAUAACCUCACGCGAAUAGGCUAAGAAGAAACUGUGAAUUCACAUACACAACCUAUAUACACUCACACACCCACACACACACAUCCAUACAUCCAGUGUUUGAACUACAAACUCAUCUUUAGUCGUACCGUACAUACAUAUAUAAACGUAUAUAAGGGGAUACUUUCGUUGUAUAGCCCCCGCUCGCCGCACCCACCAACGGCAUGGGAAGGUGGCGGCAGCAAGAAGAAGAAGAAGAAGAAGCAAACAAAACAAGACUGUCUCAGGUUUAGUAAUGGGGAGAGAGGGAGGGAGGUAGGGAUGGGGAGGGUCCCAAUAACCCAUCCAAACUGGGGAAGGUUAAUUUAUAAAAGCGGUAACAAAAUAAUGCAUCAUUUUAUGUGUAGUAAUUUCAUCAUUCACUGUAAUCACUAAUCACCAGGCAAUAACAGUACAGUCUCAGGAGUUGGUUGGGAGUUAUUUUUUAUUUUUACUCAGAGGGCGAAGAGUAAGCGUGUCCAAUUGGAAAAAUGAAACCCAGUGAAGAUAGAUAGUCCCAUUGGGAAAAGACGGCAAGGAGAGAAGUGGUUGGUUUGAGGACAGUGGGCAAAGGAAGUUUGAAGGAAUCGUUAAAGACUGUUGAUCAUUGUCAAAUGUGUGUGUGAGAGAGAAAGAGAUAGUUUUUGGUUGUUGUAAAGACUGGGCGUGUAAUAAUGCUGUGUUGUGGGUGUGUGUAAUAAGCGAAAGACUAAGGAUGCAAAUCAUCAGCCUGAUUAAAAGAGGAAAAAAAGGAAAUAGAACAACAACCCAACAACGUCGUUCUUGUGCAGUUUAGAUAAAUAUACUACCACCACCACCACCACAGCAUACACAAUUAUACAAUCCCUUCUCCCUACAAGUGUAAGCACAUCCUUCCUACGCUAUGGUAUAUGUUACGCGUAUAUGUAUAUUCCGCUUCGAAAACGGUGGCCAUUUCUGAGACGAAAGACGAAAAGACUAGCCAGCAGAGAAGGAGAGAGAGCGAAGGAGAUAGAUAGUAAUAGUAAGGUGCAGCGCUUAAUUAGGAACGGUUCGAGUGCGUGUCCGUGUUUGUAUGUACGAGUUACGAGUGUGAUUGAGGUGGGAUUGAGUGGAGUACGAGUGGAGCGCGCGUACUGAGGGUAGCAUACAAUAGGAUAGGAAUAUAAUGAAAGAAAAAACCCGUAAACAGAAUAGACUGGAUGAUUUCCCAAAUUUGAAGCAACCGUUAAAUCUUUUAGAACUCGUAAGAAGGGGCAAAGAGUAAAGGGGGGGGGGGGGAGGGGGGUGUAAACGAAUACGCAGAAGGAGAGAGACAGAGCGCGUGUGAAACGGAACUGAAAAUGCAAGGAACCAAUGCUUGGAGGAAGAAAAAGGAAAACAGAAAAAACGAUCACUCUAAAAUUAAGCGCGGGUGGGAGAAUGGAGUGUUGCAUUUACUUUUGAGCCAAAACCCCUCGCCAGUGAUGAGAAACAAUAGAGGGGAGGGGGGGGGGGGUAGAGCUUUCAUUGCCCUUUUUGUUUAAGGGAUCUCUCUAGCCAAGCACUGUGCUUCUUCUUCCUCAAAAGUUAUCUUUAAGCUUACGCCAAUCUUUAAGUACGCCAAACGUCCCUGAGCAGUAGUAGAGGGAGAGCAAACAACAUCACGAUAUCUUUGGAGUUGAUUCAAUAUACAAUACAAAACCACAACAAAUAUCUCGAAUUCCUUUUUUUGUUUGUUUUUUUUUUGUUUUUUAGCUGUUCCUUGUUUAAUGUCCCCACUGUUCUACUAUUAAAGCUUGCUGCUGCUGCUCCUGCACACUCUUCCCAUGGUUUUGUCAGUGCAGUGAUAGAGCGUUGUUAUUUGUUUGGCUGCUUUUUAUUACCACCUCUCGCCACUGAUCCGUUGCAGUACUUGGUUUUGGCUUUAUUAAAAAAAAACAAACGAAAUGUUCAUCAAUCAGUUCCUUAGGAUGCAAAACAAAAACAUAAAAGAACUAGUUGUUAAUAAUAAUGAUGCAUGCAUGCUUGUUUUUAGGUUGGUUUUUGUUGUUGUACAUGUUUUGCGCUUCACUGCUCGCCCCCUUCGUCACUGUUUAGUCAUGUUUUUGUUUUUAAAUAUUAUUGUGCUGCGAAACACUUCCCUAUGACCAAAAUUAUACAUUUUUUAUUUGCAUUUUAUGUAAUAAUGUUAUUUAAAAAUAAAUAAAAACAUUCUAAACAUACAAAACGAACAACACAAACGAUUCCUCCAAUGAACUGAACUCGUGAAAAAAAAAAAAAAAACGUGAGAGGACACCCGCAUACAUAGGCGCAUACAUACCUACAUGCAAACACAAAACACAUUCUCAAUUACGUUAAAUGCUUUGGGGGAGGGGAUAGAUGCUUCUUCAUAUGUUCAAAUAAGCUUCGAUUGUUCAGGAAGAAAUUUAGUGCUUAAUGAUGAAAAUGAAAACGUUCACUGGGUUUGGAAAAAUGAUUGAAAAAAGAAGAAGCAUACAGCGCAUGAUGUUGAAUUAUUUAAUUAUUUGUGCUUUUAAUGAAACUAUCUAGCUAAAUUGAAGAAAAAACAAAACAAAGGAAACAAUUGCGUUGCUCUAUAAGCCACACCGAAUAGGAGAGUACAGUGGAGAUAUGAAAAAGCUAGCUCACCUCAGUGUGACAGUUGACAGCAGAAAAGAGCAGAAAAAUGAAACGAAAUAGUUGAUAUUCCCUGUAGCACAGUAUAGCAACAGUCACAAGUACGCACGCACACAUGCACACACACAUGCAUACAAGCGUAUGAAAGAAAUAGCAAGGAAGCAAAGAAAAAACAACAAUUCCUCUCCUACAGCGUGUGACACACGCACGCAAUGUUAGCGCAAUAGGAACACCACACUCAGGAAAUGCAAAUAGGAGCGAAUCUUGGCUUUAAACAGAUAAGAAAUUCUAGCUACACUGCAGUGUGUGCUUUGUGUGCGUGAGUAUGCUUGUGAGUAUGAAUGUUGCUCGAAUUUCGUCCUGGAGGCGGCCCCCGUUUUUUCAUGUCCUAGAAUAAAAUGCUUAAUCGCAAAGAGCGUAUGCCAUUUGGAACGUUUUAAAACAGUGCAUUAAAAUA